AUAUAUAUAUAUGUUCGUACGGUUAAUCGUCUUUCUAAAUCUAACCGACCUCACCCGACGACGGUGAUUUUAGGGUUUUUCGUGUUCAUCAAGGCUCGCACGGAGGUUUUAGGGCUUUUCUUCUCAGCGAUUUGGCUGGUCCUUUGGAUUUGUUGAAAUCUGAAGCUAUGUGGACCAA